GUGCUGUGGCCAGUCUCCAGGACAAGACCUGUCAAGUAAAACAGUUGAGGUGGAAGCUAGGAGCUUACCCAUGGAGCUGAGUGAGAAGGCAGGUGUGGAGAACAAUGGAUUUGUUCAACAUGAGGCUUUGGAGGGCAAGGAGACGGACAGCAGUAGCCAAGAAGUGCCAAAAACAUGCAGUGUUGAUGUGGAUCCAGUGGCUGUGGAGGAGACAGUGUUGAAGCCUUAUGCUGGGAUGCCAAAGGAAGUGUUGCUGCAGUUCUCCAGCCAAGCCCGCUACAGAGUCACCAGGGAGAUCCUCUUCUGGCUCAUAAUUGCUGGUUCCAUUGCCCUUGUGUGUGCUACGAUUGCCAUCAUUGCUCUCUCUCCAAAGUGCCUGGACUGGUGGCAGGCUAGUCCUAUUUAUCAGAUCUAUCCUCGUUCCUUCAAGGACAGCAACAUGGAUGGGAAUGGGGAUCUGAAAGGUAUCCAAGAAAAACUGGACCAUAUUACAUAUUUGAAUAUAAAAACCAUCUGGAUCACCUCUUUCUUUAAGUCCCCUUUAAAAGACCUUGGAUAUGGAGCUGAAGACUUUUAUGACAUCGAUCCCAUUUUUGGAUCAAUGAAAGAUUUUGAGAAUCUGGUUGCAGCCAUACAUGACAAAGGGCUAAAGGUGAUAAUGGAUUUAAUACCAAACCACACAAGUGACAAACACCAGUGGUUUCAGCUGAGCCGCAAUCGGACUGGGAAGUACACGGACUACUACAUCUGGCAGGACUGCAUGCAGGCUGCUGGCUCAGUCAUCCCUCCCAACAACUGGGUGAGUGUCUUUGGGAAUUCCAGCUGGCAGUUUGACGACGUGAGGAAGCAAUGUUAUUUCCAUCAGUUUGGGAAGGAACAGCCAGACUUAAAUUUUCGCAGCCCUGCUGUCCAACAAGAAAUCCAUGAUAUUAUAAAAUUUUGGCUUGGCAAAGGAGUUGAUGGAUUAAGUUUCAGCGCUGUUAAAUUUCUCUUAGAAGCAACACAUCUCCGAGACGAGCCUCUAGUGAACAAGUCUCAGAAUGGAGAGAGUAUCACAGCCUAUUCCCAGCUCUACCAUGACUACACCACCACACAAGUUGGUUUGCAUGACAUCAUCCGCAGCUUCCGUCACACCAUGAAUGAGUUCAGCAGAGAGCCUGGCAGAUACAGAUUUAUGGGUUCUGAUGAUAAUGAAAAGGAUGACAUUGAAGCAACAAUGAUGUAUUAUGGAACGACUUUUAUUCAAGAAGCAGAUUUUCCGUUCAAUUUCAACCUAAUUAACAUGAAGAAUCUAUCGGGCAACAGUAUUUCUGAAGCUGUCGACUCAUGGAUGAAAAACAUGCCUGCAGGAAAAUGGCCAAACUGGGCAGUUGGAAGCCCUAAUGCUGCUCGGGUUUCAACUCGGAUUGGGAAGGAGUACAUCAAUGUCAUGAACAUGCUGCUUUUAACCCUCCCGGGCACUCCUGUAACUUACUAUGGUGAAGAAAUAGGCAUGGAGAACAUUGCAUCAGAAAAUGCGACCCUCCCAGAGAAAUCCCCCAUGCAGUGGGAUGGAGAAGUUAAUGCUGGUUUUACUGAAGGCAACAGCAGCUGGUUACCUGUUAACUCUGACUACCAAAGUGUAAAUGUGGAAAUCCAGAGCACCUGGUCCAACUCAACCCUGAGUUUGUACAGAGCGCUGACUUCGCUGCGGAACGACGAGCUGCCCAUGAACCGAGGGUGGAUGUGCCACAUCUGGAAUGACAGUAACGUGUUUGUGUACGUGAGGGAGCUGGAUGGGUUAGACAGGGUCUUCAUGAUGGUGCUCAACUUCGGCCAGGAGUCGACUAUAGACCUGAAGGCCAUAGUUCCUAACCUUCCCUCUGAAGCUGUAAUAAGACUCAGUACAUAUUUUAGCAAUGCUGGUAAAGUGGCCAAUACCAGACUAAUUACAACUGAAAUGGGAGAAGGCCUGGUCCUUGAAUAUAAAACAGCAAAGCCUGUUCAUACUAUGGAAGCUUUUCAAGGGAAGUGCUUUGUGGCAGAAAAAGCUUGUUAUUCCAAGGCCCUCAAUUUACUCUACGUGAACUGUUAAGUAGAGGAGUAGAAUACCUAUGCUUUCGUGUUAAUUUAGAAGAUAUUAUUUUCAGGGAAAUUCUAAAAAUAUACUCAGUUUUCUUUGGCUUUUAAAACUUUG